AUGCCCGAAGUAAAAUCAGCUUCGAAGGAGGAGUUCAGAUUGCUGUUAUCGGCUACGGAUUAUAAAGACGAGGAAGAAGAAGAAGUAAAGGAUACGAAAGCCAAAUGCAAGAUUCCUUCGGAAAGAUCCAAGCUUAUUAAGAUCAAGAAGAAUAUCCGACAACAAAAGGAGAAGAAUUACGGCACCUUUAAAGCUCGUGCCUUUCAAGAAUCGAGUACUGCUAUAAAAAUAGACUCGGAGGAUAAGCUGUUCGAUAGUUUAAUUAAGGAAGAGUCUUUUAGACCUUUUAGACCAACUAAAGCCGACGAAGCUAUAAAGGAUGUAGAAGGAGAGGUUGAGAUUACUCAGCGAAUACCAAGAAGAAAGAAAAAGAGGACUUAUAGACGAAAGAAGUUCAUUGACCCUUACGUUACUACUAAAGCUCAAGAAAAAGCAGUAGCGGCGAUUAUGAAAUCGAGAAUCGAACUUAUUCUUAUGAACGCCUUAAUUGUUAAACGUCUAAGUCGGAAUGAAGAAAGCAAGCUAGACCUCUUAGCGACGCAAAUCCGCAAACAACUUAUCGCUCGCAACUGCUUCGAAGUAGCGAUGAAGACCUUAAAGGUUUUUAUUAAUAUCGACGGUAUAGUCAAAAGCAAAUCCUUCUUCGAUAAUAGAUUUAAAGUCAACGUGAUAAACAAAAAAGUAGUUAAGAUAGCCAAACUACUUAUUAUAACGGAUCGAGCUUUAAUCUACAUUACCGUGUUCGAAGAUCUUUACAACUUCGAUAAGUAG